CUAUUUAUAUAUAUUGGGUAAAUUAAAGUGAUCAGUUAAAUAUUCCCAAAUAGAUUCCUAAGUGAGUAUGGGCUGAAUGAGUGGAUACCGGUGUUGGGCCAACUAGGUAUAAUGGGAGCUUAUUGGCCCAACAAUAAAGAUAAAAACACUAUAAAGGGUUAUGGUCCCCAAUACGUCAAAUGAACAACCCUAGUUUCUCUUCCCCAUCAAGAGAGAGACGGCACACUAAGGAAUAAGGUUUUAGGGUGAUUUGACUGAGGAAGACUACAAACCCCAAGAGACAAGAUCAAAGAUAUUUCGCUGCAAUGGAGACAGGUAAAGGAUAAGCAAAAGAGGAAACAACCUACAAAGGGUAUACGAUUAAAUGAAGAAGGUGAUGCAUCUCUGGAAGAUCUAACAGACUCUGUAGCCCAGGGUACUACGGAUUAUGAUAUUUCCAUGGACCAUGAGGGAUCAAAGUCCAGUAAUAAAAAGAGAAAAGCUGCUUCCGAUAGGCCAAAGAACUUUCAAAAGACGAAUGAAUUUGGCAGUAUGCCUGUAGAUGAAGAAUUGGAUGAUGCCUAUCUAAAUACUGAUCCAGUGGGCCAGAAGCCGAAGAGACCAAAGAGGACAAAGAAGAAUGUGAAUGAAAAGUUUGAAGAGGUUUUUACUGGGACAACCACCACAUUCCCUGAGCAGGUCCAAUACCCACCUCCGCAUGAUUUCAGUUCUGGAGGUUUUAAGGCAGAAACAGUCGAAGACUCCUGAAAACGUCAUGAUUUCUCAAUAGUCAACAACAUCAACAGCACAUUUAUCCUAAGCUAGUUGGGAUUGGUGUCAUGACUUCUCGAUAGUAUAAUUUACUAAAUACUUAGGCUUCACUAAUCUUUUAAACUUACGAAUUGACAUUUUUGGAGAGAUUGCCAGGUUAGCACUCCUUGAUCAUCAAUUUCUAGUUAUCUUUUUGUUGGGGAUCCAUUUGGGGUAGAGUUGAGGCAAGACCGGCGAAACUGUAUAACCUAGGUUGUAUAUAUACUGAUAGUGCUAACGUAUAUGUUGGUCAAAGUUCCAUCCUUUUUCAUUGUAUGGAGCUUUGUAGAGAUUGGGUUAUCUUCGUUAGUGAAAUUCGUUUUUUUGCUGUGAGAAAUAUUU